CGUUAAUGGAAAUUUUGGCUUCCUGAAGGCAUAGCCCUUGAGCAACAAAAUUUUAUGACAAGAACUGUCAAAAUAUUAAAAUAUUGACUCGAACGUGUUCGUAAUUUUUACAUAAUGGACGUUUAGUAAACAUAAAGUCACGAUUUCAUCCAAGGAGUAUUUUACCCCGGCAUUUAUAAUGUCAUCCAUGCAGCGAGCUUUUACUCAAAAAUUGAGUAAACAGCAUGCAGCUGAUGUAAGACGACAAAUUGCUACUUCUACCUCGUAUUCUCGUGAUUUAUCAAAGAGUGGCAGUACUUUCUCAGGUUUUUCUUCUACGAUGUCAUUAUGCGAAGUACUAGAACCUUUGGACUACGAAGAGUUCUUGGGUCAACAUCAGACAGCCCUUGAUCGUGAUCCUCUGAAAUCAAUACUAGAUUUCCCACCAGCAGAUGUUGAACUUACUGUUGUAAAAAGGAAGAUUCGAACCGAAGAACCAAUUGUGCCCUAUGAGUCUCUGGACACAGUAUCUCCUUAUGUUAGAAGGUGUAUUGAAAGUUUUACUUCGGAUUGGGUAGUGGUACACAGAAAAUACAAGCGUAGAGUGUCUCCUAUUGCAAGGGACAGAUUGUUGCAAGAUACUCCAAGACAAGAUUUUGAGGUGGAUCAAGAGGACACAAAUGGCUCUGGUUCACCAAAUGAAGAGGAGGAUUUAUCGAAUUGUGGUGAUACACCAAGAGGAUCUUGGGCAAGUUUAGAUUUAAGGCAUUCACAACAUGACCCUCUUCUUCCAAGCUUGUUGGAUCGUGUCUGCCCUGAAACUAUCGACCAGAUGAACGAGCAAAAGCGCUCGGAAGAUCGUCAAGAAGCAUUAUUUCCACUUUAUGCACCUCCAGCUUCACCUGACGACGAGUGGCAAGAAAUUGGUGCUGCACCAGAACCUACAGACCCAUUUGCUCACAAAAUACUCGUGAAAUGUCUUCAACUGAAAUUGGAACUGGAAGUUGAACCAAUUUUUGCAAGCCUGGCAUUGUAUGAUGCUAGGGAGAAGAAGAAGGUCUCCGAAAACUUUUACGUGGACAUGAACUCGGAAGGUUUGAAAAGAAUGCUCGGUGGUCAUAUCGCAUACAGUGAUGCUAGUACUUUGGCAAGAAGUUGUAUAAUGAGUAUCAGUAAACCGAGUCCGGAUUUGUUCUUAGUCGUUAGACUUGAAAAAGUAUUGCAAGGCGAUAUCUCGGAAUGCGCAGAACCGUACGUACGCGAGGAUAAAAAUAAAGACAAGGUAAGAGCUGCUGCUGCAGCUGCAUGCGAACGCUUAGGUAGGUACAGAAUGCCGCUUGCGUGGACUGCCAUCCACCUUUCUGGCGUGAUAGGAGGUGGUGGAGACACGGAUAGCACUGGAAGUGCUGGUUCGUUAGACAGAAAGUCGGGAGGACUUGAACAGUGGCGUAAAAAAGUUGAACCUCCGACUCGAAGAGGUUCCCUCGAAAGACGGAGCUCUGAUAAAAGGCGCAGUUGGUCUCCAGAUGACUUUGCUAAUUGCCUCGACACUUUCAGACCUAUCACAUUGACUGUUUCGAGUUUCUUCAAACAAGAAAGCGAACGGCUGAGGGACGAAGACCUUUAUAAACUCUUAGUUGAGCUAAGAAGACCAGGUUCCAACCUGAAACGACUGAAGUGCCUACCAGGUAUAUUGAAACUAGACCUUAGUCCCAGACCUGAAGAGCUACCUAGAUGCCUGGAUCCUGACCUCAGAAGACUGGUGCCCUAUCCAGACGAGAAAAGUCGACCAGUUAAAGAAAUACUCGAAUUCCCUAGCGAAAUUGUGUCACCAGAUUUAACGUAUCGCAAUCUACUUUACAUUUACCCUAAGGAAGCAAAUUUCAGCUCCAGAACCGGUUCUGCUCGAAAUAUCGCUGUGAGAAUGCAGCUGAUGGGUGGCGAACAAGAAGCUGACGCCCUCACAGCCAUUUUCGGAAGAUCGUCCUGUCCGGAAAUGACCCACGAGUGCUUCACUUCCGUCUCGUAUCAUAAUAAAAAUCCGAAUUUCUACGACGAGGUGAAAAUUCGUCUUCCAGCUGAUUUAAGUGCGAAACACCAUUUGUUGUUUACAUUCUAUCACAUCAGUUGUCAAAAGAAGGCAGAGCAACCGAACGUCGAAACUGCUGUGGCGUACACGUGGUUGCCACUACUGAGAGAUGGACACCUACAAUCUGGCGAAUUCAGUCUUCCAGCGAUGCUAGAUCCACCCCCAGCGAAUUAUUCUUAUAUCGCACCUGACGUGCUUUUGCCAGGUACGAGAUGGGUCGAUGCCCACAGAGGAGUCUUCACAGUAAUUUUAGAACCAGUAUCCAGUGUUCAUCCCCAGGACAAAUAUAUCGACAGAUUUUUAUCGCUGUGCGGUUACUUGGAGACCGGCCAAGUACCUCCUCGUAUCGGCGAAGCAGGAAUGGAAUCCGAGCUUAAAUCUGCACUCUUGGAAUUGGCAAGAGCAUCGCAUUCGGCUUUGGUGCGAUCGCUGCCUCAGCUACUGGAUCAGUUAAUAUCGCUUCUAGUACGUCCUCCAAUAUUACCAUCUCAGCCACUCAACGUGGCGGCAACCGUUUUCGAAGCAAUAGGCCUGCUGGUACGAAAUAUUACCAAUCUACCGGAUGGUCAAUUAGACGCGCACGGAAGGCACGCCCUCUUGGCCACAUACGUGGCGUAUCAGUGCUCUUUGCCGAGAAUGGCGAACACUCCAGGCAUCGCGCGAGCUCAAAGCAAUCCUGAUCUACCUCUGGAAGACUUGGAGAUGGAAAUGCAUUCCCGGGGUCUGGAUCGUACUGCGUCGAUGCGUCAGGAAUCGCCUUCUAUAAACAGUCAAUCGUCGAGGAGGCUCCUUCACGAAGAACUCGCCUUGCAUUGGGUUGUGUCCACGGGCCAAGCACGCGACCUCGCGGUCACCUACUCGUGGUUUUUCUUGGAACUGAUCGUUCGAUCCAUGGUCGUGACACUGGCGGAAUUAGGGAUGCUGGAUGCUCCCAGAAAAUCGAGGUUCUCUCCUCAGUUCUGCGACGACGUAGCGACCCUCACGGCAGCGCUAACUUCGGAAGUGGUGUCGCGAUGUGGAAAAGAGAACAGGGUGCCCAAUAAUUUGAUAUCCAGUCUUGGUAACUUCCUCUCAGAUUUGCUGUCGAUAAUGGAUAGGGGCUUCGUUUUGUCGCUCAUUCGUGCUGCGUGUUGCUCUCUAUCGGAUGCGUCCAUGCAUAUUCCUGAUUCAGCUGGCCUUUUUGCGUUGAAGUUGGACCUUGUGCGAACGGUGUGUUCUCACGAGCACUACGUGGCUUUGAAUCUUCCUUUCGGGACUGGAUACACGUCGGGAUCAGCUCCAGCGUCCCCUAGUCCGUCCACAGGCAGCUCGGGCAGUUUGAUAUCUACUCUCGUCCCUGGCGAUCGCGCCAGAUUUUCCGAACUCAGCCAGGAAUUCAGACAGCAACACUUUUUAGUAGGAAUCGUGUUGUCGGACCUGUCCAACACGUUGGAAAUACCGAAUCCCAUGCUUCAGAAUAAGGCCAUUGGAACGGUUAGACACCUGAUGGCGUACCACGACGUAGAUUCGAGAUACUCCGAUCCUGCAGCCAGAGCUCGAGUCGCUGCUCUGUAUUUGCCACUUCUGAACAUCAUAAUGGAUGCUUUGCCCCAAUUGUACCAUUGGGAUUCCAAAGAUAAGAGCGUGUACCCCGACGAAUCCGCGUCCAUCACGCAAUCCGUGGCUCUAGCUAUAGCUGGCGGAGUAUCUGCAGACACUGCAGGCACCCAGUGCAGAGUUUCCUUAAGUUCGGAAGCCACGCGACAUCUUCUCAUGUGCGUUCUGUGGGUGCUCAAGGGACUGGAACAGUCAGCGUUGGUGCAAUGGUGUUCAGAGUUGAGUUCCAGGCGUAUAUUGUGCCUUCUUCAAGUUCUAAAUAUUGCCACAGCAGCUUUCGAGUACAAGGGCAAGAAAGCGUUGAAAAGACUUCCCCCGCAAGCUGCUGCCACCAGCGACAUCAGAUCCAGAUUGGAAGAUGUUAUUCUAGGUCAAGGAAGUGCCAGGAGCGAAAUGAUGCUUCGCAGGAAGGAAAGACUGACUGGAGACAAAUUGAGGUGGCGGAAAGACCAAAUGCCUUACAGGUCUUGUGAGCAAUCAGAAGGGAGAGCUGUGGAGCAAGAUGCUCAUAUAGAAGGUGCCUUAGCAGCUGAAGCGUCUCUUGUGGUUUUAGACGCUUUGGAAACAGUUGUUCAGGCUGACGGCGGUGGAGGUGCAGUCGUAGGAGCAGUAUUAAAAGUGCUGUUAAGGGCAUUAGCUAGAAAUCAAAGCACAUCUGUAUUGCAACAUAUGUUCAAUACACAAAGAGCUUUGGUAUUCAAGUAUCACAGUGCUCUGUUCGAUGAGGAAAGCGAAAGAUGUGGAGAUCUGUGCCUAACGCUACUCACUAGGUGCAGCUCUCCUUUGAGUGCUGUUCGCAGCCAUGCUGCAGCCAGCCUUUAUUUGCUGAUGCGUCAAAAUUUCGAAAUUGGUAAUAACUUCGCGCGAGUUAAGAUGCAAGUAACGACGUCUUUAUCAGCUCUUGUUGGAAGGGGAAGAGCACCUAGCGAAGGAGCACUUAGGAGAGCGCUGAAGACUGUACUGGUGUACGCUGAGAGAGACACAGAAUUGGCAGACACGAGUUUUCCAGAGCAAGUAAAGGAUCUUUUGUUCAAUCUACAUAUGAUACUGUCCGAUACCGUUAAAAUGAAAGAAUUCCAAGAGGAUCCUGAAAUGCUCCUAGAUCUUAUGUACAGAAUCGCGAAAGGCUACCAAGGAUCACCAGAUCUCAGACUCACGUGGCUGGCAAAUAUGGCUCAACAGCAUAUGGAAAGAAAGAAUCACACGGAAGCUGCUAUGUGUCUGGUACACAGCGCAGCUUUGGUAGCAGAGUAUCUACACCUAUUGGAACCAGGAGGUGGUGGUCGACCAGUAGGUGCUGUAGCUCUGUGUCCUGUUACGCCAAAUGCUUUAGAGGAAAGUGCUGUUGGAGACGACGUGUUAGCCAGAAGAGAGGAAGGCCUGUGUUUAGGGCCCGAUUUCUCAGAAAGUGGACUAGCAGGUUUAUUGGAACACGCUGCUAGUUCCUUCCACGCGGCUGGCAUGUAUGAAGCCAUUCCUGAUGUGUACAGAGUAUUACUUCCAAUAGCAGAAGCCGCGCAUGAUUACAAAAAAUUAGCUAACAUUCAUGGUAAACUUCACGAGGCAUACACACGUGUAGAGCAACUAGCAGGAAAACGAGUAUUCGGUACAUACUUCAGAGUAGGUUUUUACGGAGGAAGAUUUGGAGAUCUAGCUGGCGAAGAAUUCGUUUACAAGGAACCCACUUUAACGAAAUUGCCAGAAAUAUUUUCUAGGCUGGAGAACUUUUACGCUGAAAGAUUUGGCACGGAGAAUAUCGUGAUAAUAAAAGAUUCCAAUCCCGUAGACCCCAGCAAACUAGAACCAGAUAAAGCCUACGUUCAAAUCACUUACGUUGAACCAUACUUUGAGCCACACGAACUUAGGCACAGACCAACUAUUUUUCAUAGAAAUUUUAAUAUCAAACGAUUCGUGUAUGCGACACCUUUUACACCUGGUGGUAAGGCUCACGGAGAAUUGAGAGAGCAGUGCAAGCGUAAAACAAUUCUAACGGUAGCUACACAUUUCCCAUACUUGAAAACAAGAAUUCGUGUAGUUGCUAGGAAGCAAAUAGUUUUGAGUCCGAUCGAGGUUGCUAUAGAAGACAUACAAAAGAAAACUGCAGAGGUUGCUGCAGCCACAGCUCAAGAACCGCCAGAUGCAAAAAUGUUGCAAAUGGUAUUGCAAGGUUGCAUUGGGACAACGGUUAACCAAGGCCCUGCAGAAGUUGCAGUUGUCUUUCUUUCUGGAUUACGCGAACAAAAUGCACAGCCUACGAAAUUGCAACACAAGUUGCGUUUAUGUUUUAAAGAUUUUUCGAAAAAGUGUCUCGACGCAUUGAGAAGAAACAAAAAUCUAAUUGGUCCAGAUCAGCGUGAUUACCAACGAGAAUUAGAAAGAAAUUACCAAAGACUAACCGAAAGGCUAACACCUCUUAUCGCGUGGAGUGGACCGUCGUUACUAACUCAACAAAGUUUACCACAAGCAUCGCCACGCUGGUAAAGCGACUGAAUGUUGAUAACUAAAAGUUACCAAAGAUCGAUAACGCGCGUAUGGAAUAUUUAAAAAGUAUUAACAUUAUAUGCUAUAAUAUUGAAACAUAGUCGUACAUAUUAUAUUUAUACGUAUUCAUUUUUUAUACUAAUGGAACAUUUAGUCUGCCUCAGACUUUUCGAGAGUCCUGUACUUAUAUCUAAUGAGAAACUAGAAUACAGGUUUUGAAAUUCCAGCUAGUCUUAUUGUUCGAAAGAAGCAAUUUAUUUAUUGCGAUAAAUAUUUCAAUAAGAAUCAUUUUGCUUUCUAAAGACAAAUAUAGAAAUUGAAAUUUUCCCUUAUUGCUUUAGGUUAAAGUUAAUGUUUAACAUGGAUACAUAAAAAUGUCAAUAUUUAAAUUAUGAUAGGAAUUUUUUACAUAAUUGCUUCUUUAAUAGUUGGAUAACUGAAUCUUAUGUUUAGUUAUCGAUAAUAUAAGGGAAAUAAAUUCCCUGAUCAGAUGUAAUUGAUUAACUGCAUAAUGCGGAAUGCAUAAUGCACAGUCAAGGUAUAUAGGAUUAUUAAAUAUGUGAUCUGCUUCCAAGAAAAGAGGAACUCAUGAUUUGAAAUACUAAAGUCUGAACUCUGGAUAAGAGCAUACACGGAAGCAGGUCACAAUUUAGUUAAUAAGAGAACUGUGAUUUUUCAAUUAUAUUAUAUAUGCGACUUUGAACCAAUUGCAGAAACUUAUAAUAACAGAUUUUUUCACCAAAAUAGCUUUAUAUUUUUUAUAAAGAUUAAAUAAAGUUAGCCAUUUGUAACAUAUAAUUUCUGUUCCAAUAAAAAGUAUUGUUCUAUUCAUAAUAUUGUAUAAAUAAUUAAAUGUUCAUAUUUUAUUGUAAGUAUACAAUAUUUAAAAUGUCUGCAAAGUUUUUAAAAUUACUUUUAAUAGCUGUCGUGAAAAAUCUAUCAUUAAAAGUUUCUCUGAUAUUUCGGAAACACGAUAAAUGAUUAUUUUAAUGUCAAAAAUGUUUUAAAUAUGCAGUUAGUGAAUUGAGUAGUAAGUUUCCACAAUAUGACUGGAAAAUAUAAUGUUUAUAAUGCUAUGCACAUGCUUAAGCCAUCCACGAAAUUUGCUAUGUUAAUGUAUAAGUUUCUACAUUACAUCAAAUGCGUCGUAACAAUUCCAAUUAUGCAUAUUAAUAGCAGAAAUUAAUGGUUUGUAGUUUCUAAUUGUAAUUUAACAUUUAAUGAAAGGUUUUACUUGAAUGACUCGAGAUGAUUUGAGAACGAACAAAUGUUACUUCAAUGCGCCAUCUUUACAAAAUCAAGCAAUUUUCUCAAAAAUUGAAGUUUAUAUUCAACGAACAUGUUGCUUAGUAGUGAUAUACAUUAUAUUUAGACAAAAUAAUUUAACAGAACUGCCAUGGAAUGUGAACUUUUGUACGUCACAAAAUAUUCAGAAUAUAUGUCCAUUUUAUACUUCGCUAUUUACGAACUUGUUUUACUUUUGUUUAAAAGACAAUGAAAAUAACAAAUGCAACUCACCAAUCAU